AUGCAUUACGCACACGGCGACGUCAUCCUCCUCACUAAUCGCGAUGUCAUGACUAACCGCUGUCUACGUGAACCAUCGACGCCCUUCCCUUCCGCCUCCCUCGGUCACCUUACCUUUGCUCUGCCAUAUCAAGCGAUUCGACCUGAUCUUAACCUUACGAUUGCCCUAAUAGGCGACGCCUCACAAGUAUGUGGCUUUCAUCUCACCAUCUCGCUCACGAUGAUGGAGCAUUAA